CGAUAUCUUCCAACAUUUAAUUACCAGGAUGACACGAACAACCGUCGGAGUAUAAUUACAACCAUAGUUAUAAAUUAUAACGACAUGAACAUAGAUUUAAUUACUUAUGAGCUUGCCAUGAAUGAAAAUUAGUGUUUUAUCAUCAUUUUAGGUAAAUAAUAUAUAAGAAUAUUUUGUUAUAUUUUCAUCUUCAACGAUAGAAAGUUGUUUCAAGUAAUUUCAUUAACAUUGUAAUCAUAGUUUUUCAUUGUUUCAAUAUUUUAUUAUUUUGCAAAUCACGCCGGCCAGUGUAUAAUUCCACAGAUAAACAAACGUCGGAAAAGUUUUCAACAAAUAAUUGCGGUUUAUACAUAUGGAUAUUUGUGGAAAUAUACAUUGUAUAUUUACAUGAAAAUUGUUAACCAUUACCAUUUUACCAUUGAAUUGACUGUUCUGUUGCUUCUUAAUAUAAAUUGUGUUGUUGUGAUUAUAUUUUUUAAAGUCUUUCAUAAACAAAUUUGGCAAUUAUCGGAGCUGCCUCAAGUGCUGUUGCCGCAACGCGUUUUGCGCUGCUAGUGCUGAAGAGAGCUGCAGAAAGGUGAUGAUGGGAUCUCCAACGUUUCAAAAGUGAAAAAAAUGACGUCCCAGUGCCACUUGCCAAUGGGUCCACAUUUCCACUCUUUGGGCCGGCUCAAAAUAGUGAAGCAGAUGACUAUGACCCAUUUGAACAUAGAAAAGUGGACCAUCCGACAUCGGAUAUGGAUACCCUUAUCCAUCUUCUUAAAGGAAGUCUGGGUAGUGGUAUUCUUGCAAUGCCUUUGGCAUUCGCCAACGCUGGGCUUGGUUUCGGCCUGGUGUGCACGUUCCUCAUCGGUUUGAUUUGCACCUACUGUGUGCAUAUACUAGUGAAAAGUGCUCACGUUCUAUGUAGAAGAACGCGGGUGCCAUCAUUGGGUUUCGCCGAAGUGGCGGAAGCUGCUUUCCUGCAAGGACCCGAAUAUCUACACAAGUGGUCUCGGUUUGCCAAAGCAAUGAUUAACCUGUUUCUCGUGAUAGAUCUAUUAGGUUGUUGUUGCGUGUAUAUAGGUUUCAUUGCGAAGAACGUCAAGCAGGUUCUUGACUUUCAUUCUGAAUCGGACGUAGACGUGCGAUUCUACAUGGCAGCGCUGUUACCCUUGUUAUUGUUGAUGGGUCUUAUCAGGAAUCUUAAGUAUUUGGCUCCGUUCUCGAUGAUCGCUAACAUUUUGAUGGCCAGUGGUAUGGGUAUUACCUUUUAUUACAUCUUCAUUGAUCUCCCGUCGAUAUCGGGCAGACCCAACUUUGUUGAAGUAACCAAGCUCCCGAUGUUCUUCGGCACUGCCAUUUUUGCUCUGGAGGGUAUUGGUGUAGUUAUGCCUUUGGAAAACAACAUGAAGACUCCCACUCAUUUCAUCGGUUGCCCCGGUGUCUUGAAUACUGGCAUGAGUUUUGUCAUUUCAUUGUAUGCUGCUGUGGGUUUCUUCGGUUUCUUGAAAUAUGGCGAAUUUACCGAACCUAGUAUUACAUUGAAUUUGCCAAAAGAAGAAGUGUUGGCCCAAGUUGUAAAAAUAAUGAUCGCCGUUGCCAUUUUCUUCACCUACAGCUUGCAAUUCUACGUGCCAAUGGAAAUUAUCUGGAAGAACUUGAAGCAACAUUUUGGCGCCCGCAAACUCUGGGUUGAAUACAGUGUUCGCAUGGCUAUUAUCAUCUGCACUGUGGCGAUCGCAAUUGCCAUUCCAAACUUGGGAGGUUUUAUCUCAUUGGUCGGUGCUGUGUGCUUAUCAACGCUCGGUUUGAUCUUCCCUGGUUUAAUUGACUUAAUCACUUUCCAUGAGGAUCCAGGCAUGGGCCGAUUCAAUUGGCGCUUGUGGAAAAAUCUCUUCCUGAUCUGCUUUGGCGUUGUAGGCUUUUUAACUGGUUCCUAUGUGAGCAUCAACGAAAUCUUAGAGUCAUGAAGCGCUUAUUAAUAGUAUUUCGAUCUACGAGAGGCUUUAUUCGCAAAGGUUUCGCCAAAGAACGCCAGUUCUUCUAGUUUGGUUACAGAGAUUACCAGAAGCAUUAGAUUUGAAAAAUAGAAAUUCUAUAUCGGAACAUCAAUAGUAUUUGGUUGCGAAUCGGAGGACGAUGCGCGGUUAGACGAGAUUUUUCAAUCACGCAAUGCACAUUGACUGUGAUUUCGUAGUUUUUAGUGAAAUAUAUUUAUAUAUAUGCGAAAAGAAGUAAAUUAAGAGAAGAAAAUACACAAGAACCAAAAAGUAAAUACACUAAAACGAUGUGAUUGUAGAUCGAAAUGGUAUUACACAGAAAGCGGGACCGGGGCAGGACGUCGGAUUCACGAUUUUCUUUUAUUUUAGUCUUUCCUUAAGUUUUAUGUUCUUGACAUAUUGUCAUAUACAACUGUUUGUCGAUAAUGUGAUAAUAUCAUAGGACAAUUAGUGCUAAAACAUUGCAUGUAUUGCGUAGAGAUGUUAUUUUGUUUUAUUUACUAGUAUUAUAGAUCCGACGUCGUUGAAACGCAGUAGUACAUCAAAUGUUGUUGUACUUGCGACAAUUAAUUAAGAUUAUUGUGGUUUGACCGAGAAGGCGAAAACUGAUCUAAAUUUUAACCGUUUGCUGACUUUCGUAAAAUCGAAUAAUUUUAGUAAUGAUUGCAUGCCAACAGGGUAUCGCGUAUAACAUAAAUCUUCUUUCAAAGUGUUAAGUUCCUUACAUAAAUGUUGUUAAGUAUUUACAUAUGUUGGUUGCAUGACUUUUUGACCAUCCAAUAUCGGUUUUAUUAGAACAACAAAACGCAUAUUUAUGAUGUAAAUGCUUGGGAGAUAUUUUUCUACUUAAUAUAAGUGUUGGACCUUAGUUUCUUUUCAAGUAUACACAAUAAAUUAAUUAAUUAGA